CCUAGGUACAAGGGGAGAAAGGGCAUUAGGGCUUAGCUCGAUCCAUCACAGGUAAGGAGGUAUGGAGUCGAGCGACGAGGCGGGGCUGGUGCUCUUCCCAAUCGGCCCAUCCACUGCUCUGGGCCGCGCUGUGGCGCUCAAGGUGCUGCUGUGCCGCUCGGCCAAGGAGGUGGUGGAGGUGCUGGGCUUGCGCGCCUUGGCUCACGUCCGGAAAUGCAAGCGCCUGGCCAUGCUGCUCGUCGGCUGGGUGCUGUCGUGGUUCAACCCCCGGCGGCCCAGCGUGCUGCUGGCGGCGGUGCUGUGCGUGGGCUACGCCAUCCGCCGCGCGCGCCUGGAAUCCACCAAGGCGGAGCUCGUGUUCCGAAGGAAGUUCUGGAGCAACAUGAUGCAGUCGGCCCUGACGUACGAGGAGUGGACGCACGCCGCCAGCAUGCUGGACAAGGACAACUACUGCCGCCGGCGGCGCAAGGACUCGGACCUGUACGACGAGGAGCUGGUGCGCGCCAAGCUCAACGAGCUCAAGCUGCGGCGGAUGAAGGCGGGCGUGGAGGACAUCCUCUUCUGCCUGCGCGCCGACCUGGUGCGCAACCUGGGCAACAUGUGCAACCCGGAGCUGCACAAGGGCCGCCUCCAGACCCCGCGCGUCAUCCAGGAGUACAUCAACGAGGUGUGCUACCACCUCCGCGCCAUCUGCGAGACCGACUCGGACGAGUUCUCGCUCGAGGAGAAGAUCGCCUUCAUCCACGAGACGAGGCACGGGUUUGGGCGCACGGCGCUGCUGCUGAGCGGAGGCGCGGCCCUGGGGGCCUUCCACCUGGGCGUGGUGAGGACCCUGAUCGAGCACCGCCUCCUGCCCAGGGUGGUGGCGGGUGCCAGCGUUGGCUCCAUCCUCUGCUCCUUCGCCGCCACCAGGACGUGGCCGGAGCUCCAGAGCUUCUUCGACGACCCCAUGCCACCCAUGCACUUCUUCGAGUCCAUGGGGAGCAUCUUCAAGACGGCACACAGGCUGCUCACACGCGGCGCAGUUCACGAGAUCGGCCUGCUCCAGAGGAAGAUGCGGCAGCUCAUUGGCGACCUCACGUUCCAGGAGGCAUACGAUCUCUCUGGCCGUGUCCUGGGCAUCUCGGUGUGCUCCCCCCGCCGCCACGAGCCACCCCGGUGCUUGAACUACCUCAGCUCGCCGCACGUUGUUAUCUGGAGCGCUGUCACCGCUUCCUGUGCUUUCCCGGGCCUGUUUGAGGCGCAGGAGCUCAUGGCAAAGGACAGGCAGGGCAGGCUUGUGCCAUACCACACCCUGUCACAGGUUGGCCCCGAGGAUCACAACAUCAGCAACAGGCAGUGGCGGGAUGGCAGCCUGGAGAGCGACUUGCCCAUGAUGCAGCUCAAGGAGCUGUUCAACGUCAACCAUUUCAUUGUGAGCCAGGCCAAUCCGCACAUUGCUCCGCUCUUGCGGCUCAAGGAGCUGGUGAGGGCCUAUGGUGGCGACUUCGCUGCAAAGCUGGCGCAUCUGGCUGAGAUGGAGGUGAAGCACAGGUGCAGGCAGGUGCUGGAGAUGGGGUUCCAUCUCUUUGGCCUUGCCAAGCUCUUUGCCCAAGACUGGGAGGGAGAUGUCACCAUUGUCAUGCCUGCUACAUUUGCUCAGUUCGCCAAGCUUAUUCAGAACCCGACGCCCUCGGAGCUCAGGAAGGCUGUGAUGCAAGGCCGGCGCUGCACGUGGGAAAAGCUGUCCGCGAUAGAGGCCAACUGUGGGAUCGAGUUGAUGCUAGACGAGUGCGUAGCGGAGCUCAGCCGCAGGCGCAAGGCUCAGAGGGACGCCGAGCGCAACUCCGCUCACGCGCCUGGCGUCUUCUCCUCUCGCUUCUCCGCCACCAAGAGAAUACCGUCGUGGAACUGCCUGGCCCGCGAGAGCUCCUGGGGCUCGCUGGACGAGGACAGCAUAGAGGGGACCUUGCAAGCGGGAGGGCCCUGGGGCGGCCCGUCACUGCGCAGAUUGAGGCCUAUGCGGCACAACCACGACGGCAGCGACAGCGACAGUGGAGCGGAGGAAUUUAGCAACCUGUCUUGGACCAAGGCUGGCGGGCCGCUCAUGAGGACGGCGUCUGCUGCCAAGUUCUUGAUGUCCCUCGAGAGCGACGCCGACAGCGGGCAGGCUGCCAAAGAGGAAGCCGCUCCUCGAAGCAACCCGGAUGCCGCAGCUGCACAAGACGGAGAGGUAGUGAAACGGCCUGCUGUUCCAAAGUUGGGACGUGCUAACAGCUUGGAUAUGCGUAGCAGCAAGCGGGCAAACAAGAUCUGGGAAGGCCUUGACUACAGUGCAGUCAGUGUUGCACCAAGUGAGCAAGGAGAGAACUUUUCUUUCUCCUUGCAAGUGGGUAUGAGGAAAUCUGCGAGCGAGACCAUGGUCAGCUCGUCGAUCUACCUCUUGGAUGACAGUUUCAGCAAGAAACCGAGGACGCGUGGAGAUGAUGGUACCAAAAGCGAAGAAUCAACGCCGAGGGAAGGGUUAGGAGUGGCAAGGAGUUUAGGCCAUGGUGGUGGAGCAUUUGGUUCUUUUAUAGCUCAUUCCGACCCGCCUCAAUGAUGCUUCGUUCCUGUCUGUCUGUGUACAUAGCAUUGUUUCUUUUGUUCCAAUAAACAGUCCGCUGAAUCCA